AUGAACACCAUCGCUUUCGUUGCCCUGGCUUUCGCCUUUACCUCUGCGACAGCAGUAGACGUCAGUGUCAAAGUUCUCGGCAUACACGAAAAUAGAGGACUAUGCCACAACGAUAUGGAUGUGAUCAAUUCGCGCGUCCAAGGUGCAUUGAACAACAUCCUGGAAGCCCACGAGCUCGAUGCCAUCGGAGAGUUUGACACGGACACAAACGACGAUGGCCGAAUGCUCCGCAAUUCACGCGCCAAUAGUCUCUGCAACUGUCGCAUCAACAGAUCAUUGUGCUUCAUGUUUUGUUCACCGUCGCAGCGCUUCAAUCGUCGCGCGCGGGAUGUAGAAAACAAAGAAGAUCGCGAGCUUACAUCUUCCUCUAUCUUUGCUGAUGAUGAAAAGAGCUCCAAGGACGACUCUAAGGACUCUAAGGACUCCAAGGACAACUCUAAAGACUCCAAGGACGACUCUAUAGACUCCAAAGACGACUCCAAGGACUCCAAAAACGACUCCAAGGACGACUCCGAAGAUCCCAAGGAAUUUCUUGCGGAAGAAGAUGACGAGUUCCUGGACGGAACAAGCGAGAAGCAGACGAAUGGAGAGGAGGAUUUGGAAAUGGACUUGGACCUGCCAGCUCUUACCAAAACUCUGGCGAAUGCGCCCUCAGAUUUGUCUCUAUCAGAGCAAAUCGAGAAUGACAUCAUAGAAGUUAUUCCUGCUGUCUACCUGGCCCUCGCUUACAAUGACGACAUAGGACUGGGAUGCCAACUGACUCUCCGCAAAAUGAUUCGACACAGGGAACUCGAAGUGUACGCUUCUGUGGAUGCAUAA